UAAGGAAGGAGAAUAACAUAAGAAUUCAAUAAUGUUAAAAUCAAUUCAAAAUUUAAGUGUUUCUUUAAUAAAAUCCAACCAAAAGAUCAAUUCAAUCCGAUUGUAUGCUUCUAUAGCUGAUUCUUUUAAAAAACAUCAAGUAGUCCCGGAUGUAAUUUCCAAUCCUCCACAAGUAAAAGCAAAUAUUGAUUACGGAAAAGGAGUAAUUGUAAACGAAGGAAAUGAAUUAACUCCGACACAAGUUAAAGAUCCACCAAAAGUUUUAUGGCCUACUGAAGCCGGCAAACUUUAUACUUUAUGUAUGACAGAUCCAGACGCACCAAGUCGUGAAGAACCAACUUAUCGCGAAUGGCAUCAUUGGCUUGUUGUUAAUAUACCCGGAAAUGAAGUGUCUAAGGGAAAAGUGUUAUCAGAUUAUAUUGGAUCUGGACCACCAGAAGGUACUGGACUACAUCGCUAUAUUUUUUUGAUAUAUAAACAAGAAAAAAAGUUAAAUUGUGAUGAAAAGUGUCUUCCAAAUAAUAGUGCUGAAGGACGUGAAAAUUUUUCGAUUGAAAAAUUUGCCAAAAAAUAUAAUCUUGGUAAACCAAUCGCUGGUAAUUUUUAUCAAGCUCAAUUUGAUGACUAUGUGCCACUACUUUAUAAAAAACUAGGAUUUUAAAAUUAUAUUAUUUUAUCACAUAUGUAUGUAUAUUCUGUAUAAUUAAUAAAUGAUUUUCAUUUUAUAGAA